UUGAAUAGCAACGUGGUUGGAUUGACUUGUCUAAGGUCACACAAUAUUUAAUUGCGUAAAAUACUAUCGUUUAGGGGAGGUGGCCGGUGAGUUCACUUUCUCCUAAAAGGUGUCGGGGGCUAUCAGCUAUCUUUUCCUUUUCCUGCAAGGACAAUCUCCUUGAUAAACGCGAAGAAGAGAGAGAGAGAGAGAAAAGGAGUUAAGUUAAGCGUUUAUGAAUACUUGCUUAUAGCAUUGUGGUGAUUUAUUUUUCCGUCGGAGAAAGGAAGAGGUAGUAAAGCACUACUCCAACACAACACAAACAUGUUCGAUGGAGCACCGGACCAGUUCCACCAAUUCAUAGCACCAACAAGGACCACUCUUCCUCUCCACAUGUCUUUCCCUCUCCACCAUCAUGCCUCUUCAACCCCUCCUCCAAAUACCUUCCUACCCUUUGAUCCAUAUAACCCUUCUUCUCAUCAUCAUCACUUGCCAUCACUCCAAACAAAUCAUCUCUUGCACCCAUUGCACCCCCCUACUACUAUUAUUUCUCCCACUCCCACCCACAAACAUGAACAAGACAAGGUUGCUCCAAUCAACAACAACAACGACGUUGAGAUUCAAAGAGAUCAAAGGCAAUUACCAGAUCAGCUAACCGAUUCCUGGACCAACGAUGAAGUGCUUGCACUUUUUAGAAUCAGAUCUAGCAUGGAAAAUUGGUUCCCGGAGCUCACAUGGGACCAUGUCUCAAGAAAGCUAGCAGAGGUUGGGUUUAAGAAGAGUGCUGAGAAGUGCAAGGAGAAGUUCGAAGAUGAGAGUAGAUAUUUCGACAACAUUAAUAAUAACUACGGAAAGAACAAUUUCCGGUUCCUUAUUAGCGAGCUGGAGGAGCUUUGUCAAAACCCUGAUCCUGGUGGUGGUGGUGAUAAUCAUAAUGGGGUUGAAAAGACUCACCACCUGGGAGGAGACAACAUGGGCCACCACGCAUUGGAAGAAAAUAAAAGAGACAUUGAAAUAACUACAGCGACCAAACAAUGUGAUGACAUUGUGGUGGAGAAGUCAAAUAUUUCAAAGGUGCGCAAGAGGAAGAGGCGUGAUAGGUUCGAAAUGUUCAAGGGUUUUUGCGAGAGUGUCGUCAACAAGAUGAUGGCUCAGCAAGAAGAGAUUCACAACAGGCUCCUCGAGGACAUGCUCAAAAGGGACCAAGAGAAGUUCGCCAGAGAGGAGGCGUGGAAGAAGCAAGAGUUGGAUAGGAUGAACAAGGAGCUUGAGAUUAUGGCACAAGAGCAAGCCAUUGCCGGGGGUAGACAUGCCACCAUAAUUGAAUUCUUAAAGAAAUGCGCAACAACAACAACUUCAUUAUCAUCCCCUCCAAGCCAAAAUGCCAAGUACUACAAAACAAAUGGUUCAAAUCUUCCAAAUUGUGCAUUGCACCCGCAAAACCCUAAUGAUCCUUCCAAUGAAGACAACAAUCUUGAGCCAACACCUUCUCCUAAAAUGAUUCAAAAUCAUGAUCAAGCUACGUUAUUGGGAGCAGAAAACCCUAGCGCAAGUGACACAUUACUACAAGUUCCUUCUUCCUCCAACUCUUCCCCAACACCCGGCCACAACCCUAGUUCUUCACUCAAUAGCCACAAUAACAUUAUCCCAUUAGACUCAAAUUCAGUUUCAACAUAUAAGCCCACCUCAACAACCCCUAUGGCCAGUACCAGUGAGAAUUCGAAAGAUGAUAUUGGGAGAAGAUGGCCAAGAGAUGAAGUGUUAGCACUGAUAAACCUGAGGUGCACAAGUCUAAGCAGCAGCAACAACAACAACAACAACAAUGAAGAGAAAGAAGGAAACAAUAAGGGUCCUCUGUGGGAGAGAAUCUCGCAAGGGAUGUCAGAGCUGGGAUACAAGAGAAGUGCAAAGAGGUGCAAAGAGAAAUGGGAGAACAUAAACAAGUACUUCAGAAAAACCAAGGAUAAUGUUAAUAAGAAAAGGUCCCUUAACUCUAGGACAUGUCCUUAUUUCCAUCAACUGAGUUGCUUGUAUGGUCAGGGAAAAAUCGUGCCACAGUCUGAUGAAAGGGAAGGGAAAAACUACUUGAAUCCAACCGCGAAUUCCGGUGAUCAAGUGCCACCGGAUCAUGAUCAAGUCCAAGCUGAUGAGUCUUCUCAAGUGGGGUCUGCUGCUUUGGUUCAGUAUGCAUGUUGAUCAUUCGUGCAGGUGAGAAAGCUCUGAAAUUAAGUAAUACCCUUCUUUGGAUUGCCAUUAGUUAGUUUCAAAUUCAUUAAUUUUGUCCAUUUUAUAUGGCGUAAUAAGUUCCACUAUUUUCCGUUUUCUUUUGGUUUUGGUGGUGGUGGGAGGAGGACUUUUCUUUUAUAUAUAUAUAGCAUAAAGUAAUAAUUGAAUAUGUAUAUUUGAUUUUUGUGACCACCGAACAGCUUGAGGAAUUAGAACAAUGUUUCUGUUUUGUGGAUGAUUUUAUAAUGCCAAUGCAAUUUACAUAUUUAUUUUC